AUGGAAAUAACACUGAAGAGCUCGCCUCUGAAAGUAGUGAAUAUUCCAUGGAGGAAUAACAAUCUCAGUACUCUGCGUAUAGACACUCCUCUAUCUGAACAAGGAGAAGCCAGCAUUGGAGUCUAUCUGUUAGUGCUGGGAUGGAUGUCCUGGCUUGGAAGCAGUUUGGUCAUGUUUGUGCUCCAUAGACAGUGGGCCUCACUUCAGCCAACAGAUUUCCUCACUCUAAGUCUUGUCAUUUCUGAUGCCAGCAUCUCAGUGUUUGGCUACUCCAGAGGAAUCCUAGAAAUAUUCAAUAUCUUCAAGGAUGAUGGGUAUUUAAUCACCUGGAUCUGGACCUGCCAGGUAGACGGGUUCUUCACAUUACUCUUUGGUCUUGCAAGCAUUAACACCUUGACAGUUAUCAGUGUCACCAGAUACAUCAAGGGAUGCCAUCCAAAUAAAGCAUAUUGUAUCAGUAUGAACACCAUAGCUGUGUCACUCAUCUGCAUUUGGACCGGAGCAGUGUUUUGGUCUGUUGCUCCACUGCUGGGCUGGGGCAGCUACACAGAUCGAGGUUAUGGCACCUGUGAGGUGGACUGGUCCAAAGCCAAUUACUCCACCAUAUACAAGUCUUACAUUAUCUCCAUCCUUAUCUUUUGCUUUUUUAUCCCGGUGAUAACCAUGCUCUUCUCCUACACCUCCAUUAUCAACACAGUGAAAAGCAUCAACGCCGUGUCAGCUGAUGGUUUCCUCACUGUCCAUCAAAGGAAGGUGGAGAGAGAUGUCACAAGGAUCUCCAUUGUAAUCUGUUCAGCUUUCAUUAUGGCCUGGUCGCCAUAUGCAGUGGUGUCUAUGUGGUCGGCCUGGGGCUUCCAUGUGCCAAGCACAACCAGUAUCAUCACUUGUCUCUUUGCCAAGUCUGCCAGCUUCUGCAACCCACUCAUCUACUUUGGUAUGAGCUCAAAAUUCCGCAAAGACAUCUCUGCUCUGCUGCCAUGUACACAAGCACGUAAGGAUGUGGUGCUUCUGCAACACUUUAAAAACAUCAAACCCAAGGCUGAGAACCCGUCCCCACCUGCAUCUCUACCUGUCCAGAAGCUGGAGAUGAAGCACACAGCAGGAGAGCUGAACCAGCCCAACCCUGUCAGUGACUCACGGGUCAACAGCCCCCCUCAAACCCCUCCAUCUGAAACACAUGAGGUCCCCAACAAUGACGUGCCCUCACACACUGAAACAUCAGAGUACUGGAGUGACAGGAUCUGA